CACGUGUCUCACUCACUGUUGAAAGUUUGACAAGCUGGUCGACGUAAGUCCUGUUUUCCCUCUGUCGAAAGCCUUGAAUGUCACUCUCGUGUCUUCUUCUUCUGUCAAUAACAAACUCGGAAACUAUCCCUUAAUCGAAGUCUUUACUAUCAGCGUCAUCAUAAAAACAUGGAAAUCGUGCAGAAAGUCAUGUCGGGGUUUAGUCUGGAUUUGGGACCAUUGAAAGAGCCGCUGGGAUUUAUCCGAGUCCUGGAAUGGAUCUUCACCAUAUGUGCCUUUGCCACCACCGGUGGCUAUGUUGGAUCAACUCAGUUCACUCUUAAUUGUGGAAGUAAAAUAGAGGAUGUUACUGCUAAUUUUGGAUAUCCUUUUAGGCUUCCGAGUAAGUCAUAUGAGAUUCAUCACUGCAAUAGCAGCACGAACGCGACUUACCUGCAGGGAGAUUUCUCCUCCUCGGCUGAGUUCUUCGUCUGUGUGGGCGUCUUGGGCUUUCUCUACUGUACUUUCACCAUCAUCCUGUACUUGGGCUACCAGCAGGUUUACAGGGAGUCUAACCGUGGCCCAACAAUUGAUCUGAUUGUUACUGGGAUCUUUGCUUUCUUGUGGCUGGUUUGCUCCUCCGCCUGGGGAAAGGGUUUAACCGAUGUCAAAUAUUCUACGAAUCCUGAAAAUCUAAUAAAGGCAUGUCUUCCUGAAGAUCACUGUGUGGUGAAUACCUACCCUUCCAUGGGUCGUCUCAACUCCUCUGUGCUCUUUGGAUUCCUAAACCUGUUAUUGUGGGCAGGAAACUGCUGGUUCAUCUACAAGGAGACUCCAUUUCAUAAGCCGGCCAAUCCACCGCCCAAUGUAGAGGAAGGAGUUUCUACCUCCUAAUUAGACAAGACGGGCUCCUUCCUCUCCUCUCCAUUUUUUCAUAAAUCAGAGGACAUCACCGUUUGUUCAUGCCGACGCAUCUUGAAAAAACUACACUUUGAUAUGCAGUACACUACAUUAUAAAUGCUCAAAGCUGAAUUCUUUAUGGAUAUCCAUUUUUUUUUGUAUUUUAGUGUCUUGUUUAAUGGCACUGUCCUAAGUUAAUUUUGUCAAGCAGGAAAAAAAGAAAACCAAAUUUUAUUAGACCAGUAGCUUUGCGAUUACAACUCAGAAGUAAACCUGUUCUAGGUUAUUGAUGUUUUUCAUUAUUAUUAAUUUGUCUAAUUUGAUAUGAAGAUGACCUUCAUUUCGGUAACUCUAAAUGUCCACUACAAUCAGACCUCAUGAGAAACGCUUAAAACACUAACACACUCAUAUCCAAUAGCUCUAGACAUUUAAAACUUGUCGUUCCUUGUCGUUUUUAAUAACUAUUUAUUGGUUCUUGAUAGAAUGUCACCUUACAUUUGUCAGGGAAGUAAAACAUUUCAGAAUUGUCUCAGUUUCAUCCAUCUGUAACCUUUAUUUUAAAUGUUUGUGUUGACUCUUUAUGAAGUGGUAUUUGGUAAUAAAUGGCUAUGCCAAAGGCCAUAUUUCAUUUGCUAUCAGGAAAAAAAUGUUAACUAUUCAACACUAGACAUUGUUCGACAGAAGGAAACACUUGUUUAAUUGUUUUUCUACUGUUUGGAGUAGGAAUGUUGUCUUUAUUUGUAUUUGGCUGUUAUUUGACUUGACACUGUAAAUGAAGCAUCUUUAUCACAUGGGUUGAUGUUUAUAUGUAAUGAAAGUACAUUUCAUUUUGUGCAUCUGUGGCAUGUUUUACCAUCUUAUUUUUACAGAAAGAAAUGUUUGAGGGGGGUUGCAUUUAGUUAAAUCUUAAAAAUACAAUGAUUGUUCUGGAACCGUGAUCGCCUGUGUGCAGUUUAUGUUCUGGUAAAAAAAAACUCCCUAUUUUCUUUUUUUUCGAUCUAAAUUGUCGAGUGUUUAUUAUUAUUAUUAUUAUUAUUAUUAUUAUAUCCUCAGUAGUUGUCCUUAUCCUAAAAUUAAACCAUUCGAUGCCACAUCUAAACUUUUUAGACUUAAACACAUUAAAUAAUUAAUAGAAAUGAUUAUAGUAUAAGAAAUUUGUACACAUUUGUGAUUAAAGAGAACAAAAGUGCCAUUUAAAAGUCUUUCCUCAGGUCACAUAUUGAUUAAAUUUUGUCCUGAAACGAUCCUCAAAUUUGGUUGUGACUUUUGGAAAAUAUAGGGCACAUUUUUGUUGUUGUGUUUUAUAUCUCAUAAGUUCAGGAGGAAAAUCUCCAGAAGGCUGUGUGCAGUUCUGGUUUGUGUUAAAAGAGGAGAGCUGUAUAUAUUGGUUCGUGUUUCAUUUCCGAAAGGCUGUUGUUUACUGCAUAACCACUAGAUGGUAGUAUUGUAAACGUAAUAAAUUCAACAACUAAAUGA